AUUAUAAACUGUGUGUGUGUGUGUGUGUGUGUGCGUUUUUUACGCAGGGCGUGUGACGCGUCAGUGUAGCAGUGCUGGAGUAGUAGUGCUUGUAGUUAGCAGCAUGCAUGCUGCUCCUGCUUGUCACUUUCUGCUCUCAGCUGCUGCCACCGGAUAGCCCUUUGUUCUUCAGGGGCGAAAAGAGGAGCCGAGUGUGUAAGUCUCCUCAGCUGGUACAUAGCCUCUCCACUGCCAAGAUCUCGUACACGCCUCCCCGUGGCACACAUGGUAACUGGUCCCUUGCGGUUCCAGGCUAAGUUGUACGGGAUCUCGGAGCAGCAGUGGGCCCCAGAGACGUGGCAUGCAGCUCCAUCGGGUGGAAACGCCCUGAUGCCCGUCAACCACUGUCCCAGCUAUGGGUAAAUAGCCCCAGCUAUGGGUAAAUAGUGAAGACCCCAACGGCGGCGCAGGCGGAAGAUGGUGGUGUGUGAACCAUCACAACGGCUGGGAAGGCGGAAGAAGGCAACCCCAUAGCCACGUGGGUCAACUCGGGAGGGUACAGUGGCUAGGGGAGCAAACCCUGAAGACAAACCUGCACCUGGGGGCAGGCAUAGGCAGAGUCCAACUGACCGGACCACCGGCAGCCCCCUGCAACUUCCUGCCAGACGAAGGUCGUCAUGGGUUCUCUCAUGCCACUAGAGGUCUAUCUGGUAGGAGUGAAGAUGGUGGGAGUGAGGACUGCGCACCCACACUCCCACCCUAAUCUUUACCUAUGCGCAAGCUUCUUGGUGUGGGGAAAAUGAACCAUAACGGGCUCAGACUCCUCUCCCUCUGUGCAGAGCACCAGCUGGUCAUUACUAACACCAUCUUCCAGAUGAAGAACAGGUUCAAGACCACCUGGCAGCACCCACGCUCAAAACAUUGGCAUCUCCUUGACUAUGUGAUUGUCCGUCAAAAGGAUAGACAGGAUGUUCUCAUCACCCGUGUUAUGAGAGGAGCUGAGUGCUGGACCGACCACCUCAUGGAUCCUGACCACCUCAUGGUUGGAUCCAAGAUGGCGGCGCGAUCAGACGCAGCGGCUGCUCCAGGUCCCAAAGACGGUGCUUUUUUGUCUUUUAAUGUCGUCUGUUCGUCUCCAAAUAGUGUAAAUUUACCGCUAGUUCAUAAGGAAAUCACUCCUAAACUCAUAUAUGUUCGCCAAAGACUUUUGGAUAUCGGCAACGCAUACAAAGACCAACUCUCGCCGGUGGCUACUGAGAAGCUACGAGGCCUCUGUUUACUGCUGAAGCCGGACCUCGAGACCGCGGCCUCGCCUACUGUCGCUACCCGCACAAGGCGGCGUCACAAGCGGUGUGAGAGAGGACGGAAGUGCGGAGGUAUACGAGCUAGGCUGAGGGAAAACCCCACAAGACCGGCUCUUCCAACACUCAUGCUCUCAAACGUUCGCUCUCUGGAAAACAAACUGGACUUAAUUCAACUCAGUCGAUCAACACAGCGUGAGACAAGGGAUUGUUGUGUGUUUGUUUUCACUGAAACAUGGCUGAAGGACAACAUCCCGGAGACGCGCUCAUGA